AUGGCUACAACAACGUUAACACCAACAUUUCAACUAGCAACUGUCUCUUCAAUACCCACCCUUCAUGCUUUUGAUGCUCGCACCUGUACUUGGCAAUCUUAUCGUGAUCGAAUAAGUUUUUAUUUUCAAGCAAAUCGUAUUCAUACCGAUCAAGAUAAAAAAGCACUUUUUCUUUGGUCUGUUGGUGAUACAACAUAUCAUUUACUUGAAUCAUUGAUCUCUCCGCGAUCAUUAACUGCUGAGGAUACUCGGUUCACCGAUUUAAUCAAGUUGUUAGAUACUCAUUAUGAUGCAACAAAAAAUAUUAUGACCUCAACAUAUGAUUUCUAUUCUUGUUAUCAAAAAUCAGGACAAACAUUUGCUGAAUGGAAAGCUGAAUUAUGUGAAAAACUACGUCAUUGUGGAUUUACUACAUCUGCUUUAAAAAAUAAACCACAAGACCGUGCACUUCGAGAUAUGUAUGUUAUUGGCAUUAAAAGUCAAAAAAUUCGACAAGCAUUACUUAAGGAACAAGAUCCUGAUUUAGAAACAACAGAAAAAAUUAUUCAAUUAGCUGAACGAUUAGAAGAAGAUGUUCGUCAUUUUGGAAAUCCAAUUAAUCAUGCUGAUUACACGGUGGCCAAGCUUCAUAAUCACCAACCAAAACGACAUAAACAACAACACACUCCUUCAUUCGUAAAAAAUGAAUACCAACCAUGUGAAACAUGUGGUUCAAUUAAACAUCUUCGAUCCAAAUGCAAAUAUCGUGAGUUUACUUGUAACUUUUGCAAAAAAACCGGUCAUUUAGAAAAAUUCUGUCGUCAGAAGAAAAAGGAACAAUCUUCUACAAAACAUAUUUCAACGAUUUAUAAAUUGGACUGUUCCAAUCAAACGAAACAAUCAAUUAAACAUUCACCUACAAUUUCAUUAAAGGUCAACGGUUAUGAUGUUACCUUUGAACUU